AUGAAAACGAGUGUCAGUUGUCCUCUCAGCCCUCUGGAGUGGCUCGGAGGACGGCGGCGCGCGGCGGACCUCACGCUAAGCGCGCGUGAAGAGGGUCGCUCUGAUGAUGGAUUUACUCCCCGGCGAUCAAUGAGUAUGACGAAAGUUACUCAACACAUGACUGCGGACAGGUUCCGAAACCGAACUCGUACACAAAGUUUUGUGCAGCGAAGUAACUCGGCCGAUGAACUCGGGUACAAUUCCAAUCCUAGCUCGCAGUGCGGCCACUAA